UGUUUUAGUUUAUUUCCUCCAGGUGUUUUAGUUUAUUUCCUCCAGGUGUUUUAGUUUCUUUCCCCCAUGAUGGCGAGUGUCGUACUGCUCGCUGUGUUAGUCCUGUGCGUUAGUUUCCCUGCCCGAUCCCAGGAUGUUAGACCCCACCAGGAGUAUGUAGACAAGGGCUACUGUACCUACACCUAUGUGGUUCCGCCUGGGUCCCGUACUGGGAGCUUUUCUCCGCCACGUGUAGAGGAACAGCUCGCCGAGACCAAGGAGGAAACGGCCUACUUGAAAGAUCAAGUGCAUCUCCUGACUUCGCUGGUGGAAACCUUACUGAGCCAACAGUCCGAUCUCACGUCUAGGGUGGGCAGUUUGUCUGCUGAACAGUCGGAGGAGAAAGUCAGGAGUGCACAACUGGAACAGAACCUGACACAGGAGCUACAAGAACUAGAAACCCGUCUCCAAACCCAGUGCUGUGAGAGGCUUGUGCCAGGUGACGUCAUUUCUACAACUGCAGCCGCACUGCCCAGUGAGCCAGUGUCCGCUGUCGCCCCGCGAACUAAGAGCUCCGAAAGUACAGCUUUUGGGAUCAGUAUUUCCUCCACUGCCACAGAGUUAGGUCAUGGAACCGAAUACAAGCCCAAACCGGUACCGAGUGGGGAGCGAGAUCUCCUCGGGGGUAGUGGCAGCGUCUCCCGUAAGAAUUCCCGUUGUGCCACCCGGGAGCACGAAAUGUUCGGUUCGACCGAUUGA